AACUUUUGCAUAUUGUCGGCUUACAAAAGGUUUUCUUCAAAUAGAGGUGAACAAAAUAAUUGUAGUUGUGGAGCAUAUUGGUCCAUAACAUUCACCGGUCAAAAUGGUUCUUGUGUUUGAGUCUGAUGAAAACAACUUAGCAAUCUGUGCUAUAGUUACUGUUGCAAUGCAGUUCAGUUUUUUUCUGGUAGCAUGUACCUGUAAAUUUGAUAAAGUAACAGAUUUUGCUGGAGGUUCAAACUUUGUGGUGUUGGCGUUACUUACAUUCUUAUUAGCACAGACUUACAAUUGGAGACAGAUAUGUGUGACCGUCUUUGUAUGUAUUUGGGGAAUAAGACUGUCAGGAUAUCUUCUCUAUAGAAUCAUAAAAAUUGGAGAAGACAAAAGAUUUGAUGACAAACGAGAAAAUUGUGCAGCUUUUGCUGGAUUCUGGACAUUUCAGGCCUUCUGGGUGUUUACUGUCAGCUUACCGGUCAUCUUUAUAAAUGCUCCCUCCAGUGCUGUCAAGUUGAGCCCUGAUAAUGACUGGACACCACAGGACAUUGUCGGGGGGCUUUUCUUCGUCAUUGGUCUGCUAGCAGAGACUAUCGCUGACAUUGAGAAAUUUAACUUCAGAAACGAUCCUGCUAAUAAAGGGAAAUGGUGUGAUGUAGGUCUAUGGAGUGUGAGCCGACACCCUAACUAUUUUGGAGAGAUAACUCUAUGGUUAGGGAUCUUCAUCAUCAGCACCAGUAUUCUAUGGUAUGGACAGUGGGCAGCUGUCCUUAGUCCGAUUUUCACCAUGAGCAUUUUGUUGUUUCUCAGUGGCAUCCCUCUUUUGGAGAAAAAAGCAGAUGAACGUUUUAGAAAGAAUGAUGCCUAUUUAAUCUUCAAGAACAGAACAAGUCCAUUAAUCCCACUUCCCAGCGGUUGCUAUGGAGCUCUCCCAAGGGCUUUAAAAUGUCUGUGCUGCUGUGAAUUUCCUUUGUAUGAUCAUAUCAAUGAUGAAGCUGAACAAAUUGUGAUCAAAACAGAAAUACCACAGAGUGAUAACAAGGAGUGAUGAUGUUCUAGUCUAUAUACAUAUGUGCCAUCAUGUUAAAGGAUAUUUUUUAUAACAUUCUUUGAUGUACAUAUUCAAACAAAUAAUUUUGUAAAUAUACAUGAUAGGUAAUCUUUUCUGAUAUGAGAGUAUAAUUAUGAUUGUACGUACAUUUUUUGGUGUUUUUGUAGAUAUUAAUGCAUUGUCCAGUAUAUGAUGGAUAUGUGUCAAAGUAUGUCUCAAAAAAAAUCUGUUGUAAAAAUCUCACACAUUAUUCUCAACAGAAUGUAAUUUACAGUAAUGUUGUUUGAUAAAUUUACAUUUCCUGAACAACAUGAUCAACAUAAUGUAAUUUAUACUUACAUUGUUUUUCAUUUCCCGAACAAAAUAAAUGUUAUUUGUACAUUAAGAUUGUUCUACAAAAGUUCUAUCUACCUCAAUAUUCAUAUGUACAACAAGUUCUCAUGAUUAAAUACUGAUAUAGCUUUUAUAAUUAUGAAAAAAUUCCUUAAUUUCUGUUUGCUUUACUGAAGAGAUUGUGAAGGCAAAAUCAAAGAUUGUUUAGAGGUCACCAUUAUACAGUAGAGGUCACCAUUAUACAGUAGAAACAUAGGGUCAGCAUGUAGCAUUUGAAGAUAUUAAACUGUACCUAUAGGGUCAGCAGAUAGCAUUUUCAGGUAUUAAACUGUACCCAUAGGGUCAGCAGGUAGCGUUUUUAGGUAUUAAACUGUAAAAAGUAUUCUUGUUUAACAUGGAGCUAUUAAUUACUUUUUUGUUAUGUAUUUUGUUUUCAUUCAUUGUCAUACUUGAUAAAGACUUCCUGUUUAACAAAUAACAAUAAAGACGGCAGGUUUCAGGUUCCAGAUACAAAUUUUACAUAUGAAAUCAAGUUGAUGGAUUCAUGAAUUGAAUGUGCGAAAUUGGAAAUAAAUGUGAUGUUAGAUUUAAAUAGGUUGAUAUAAUGUCAAAGUUUUAUACCUGAUCUCAUAUCAUCAAUGUGACUUGAACAGAAAUAUUGAAUUUCAAACUUGUUUAAAUGCCCACAGAAGUUCUAUACCAAAAUAUCAUGAUAGCACUGCCAAAAGGGAAGAGCAUGUUAAUAAAGUAUUUUGAUAUGUUAGAAUACAGUAUGUUGCAUCACAGGUUAGAAUUAUGAGAAUCAGAAUAUUGAUCGAGAAUUUCCAUUACAGAUCGGGCCAAAAAAAUGUUUCCUGUAACAUGAGAUGCUUGUAAACAUUUUGAUAUAUAAGUUGAUAAUUCUUGUUAAUACUUUGGCAUACAAGUUGAUCAUUCUUGUAAAUAUUUGGGAAGUUGAUAAUUCGUGUAAACAUUUGGGGAUACAAGUUGAUAAUUCGUGUAAACAUUUGGGGAUACAAGUUGAUAAUUCGUGUAAACAUUUGGGGAUACAAGUUGAUAAUUCGUGUAAAGAUUUGGGGAUACAAGUUGAUAAUUCGUGUAAACAUUUGGGGAUACAAGUUGAUAAUUCUUGUAAACAUUUGGGCAUACAAGUUGAUAAUUCUCUUUCUAUUAUAUUUUUCAUAAGGGUUAGAUAGGAAUACAAUUAAGAUAUUAACCGUUUAGGAUAAAUAGAAAAGUUAGUGUUGGUAAGGACAAGGAAACAAACAUUUUUGUAAAUGGCCUCACAUUUACUGUUUCUGAAUCUGUUGUUUGCCCGGUGGAUAUUUCACUGUGAGAUUUCUAGUUUAGUUUUCAAAGGAUAAUUAAGUUUUAAGUACGUUGUUUAAUCGUGUAUUAGGAAAUUUUCAUUUUUAAUAUAUAAUUACAAUUAUGCUUGUCACCAAUGAAACAUUCAUUGUUGUCUUCAACAGUGUAAUAUUAUCCUGAUACACAGUAAUACUUUUUCUUAUUCUUAACCAUUGAAUGCAACAACAAUGUUCUCAAAUGAGCAUUCUUAACCAUUGAAUGCAACAACAAUAUUCUCAAAUGAGCAUUCUUAACCAUUGAAUGCAACAACAAUAAUCUCAAAUGAGCAGAAAGUUACCUUGUAUGAAAAUGUACAGUGUGUAAUCUCUAUAAUUCAGUUUUGUGUUAAAAAAAUUUGUUUUUACUCCGAUAUUGUCUUCAUUGUCGAGCCAUUUUCCAGAAAUGAUUCCAUAAUGUCAUUCUGUACCCAUGGUAAGGUGUCCUGCUGAUUGAAAUCUUUAUUAAUGUUAUAUAUCACAUUCUUCAGCAAGAAUUUUAGAUUCAUUAUAACACUGUAUUUCUCUGUCAGUGAAAAGAACUUUAUUAGUCAUUACCAGUAAAUUGAUCUUUCUCAUUUCCUUAACAAGAACACUUAUUGAUUGAACACAAAUAUAGAUACAGGCUGUUGUAAGGAGCUGAAUAGUUGAUAUCUUUGUAUAUGGGCAUUACUUUGUCUUUUCAAAUUCUAUAAAAAUAUCACAAUAUAACAGAAUGGAUUGUCUGUAGAAAUCUAUUUAAUUGGUGAUUUAGGAAGGUUUAACAGUCACGUAAAAUUGAGAUUUAGAGUAUGGAAUCUGUGUGGAACUUGUACAUGGACAGAUAGCUGGUAGUGAUUGUAGUUGAAGGAGAUACUUAUCCAGUGAUCAAAUUGUAUCAAAUCACAGUUCACACGAUGUGGCAUUUAACAGUAAAAUACUUAUGGAAUCUCUUCUCUUAAGUAGUUACUGUAAUUGAAGUAUCACCAUGGAGACAAUAUAUUGUAGGUACUUGUGCUCGUGUGUGUAAAUGUCUCUAUCUACAAUUAAUUUUCAAGAGGCCUGAACUUAAUUGCUGAAAAAUAAGUGUAAAAGUGUAAAAUUUCAGUAGUUUCGGAAAUUCUAUGAGUACAGGACUCGGACUUGCAUUAAGUUUUUUUUACUGUAAAUAUACAUUUCAUUUAAAAGAUGAAUAUUAAACUUGAUCAGGUGAUGAGAAGUGUACUAGGUGGAAAAAGUAAAGAAAGAUAAAAAACAUUAUAACAGUGAAAUGUUGAAGAUGAAUGAGCAGGUGGUUGAUCUGCUGAUAGAGGGAAUUUAUGUUGUCUUUGUUAGGAAAACCUGAACAGUCUCUCUUUUGACAACCAUCAAAUGUACCGGGUGCUUUUCUUUUAUAUAAUUUUCAGCGGGUAAUGGUUUAAAAAGGCUGGUCGAGUAACAUACAGAUAUAUUGUAUCCUUAAAUUGUAAUACAAUCUUUUCAAAUUUGUACCAAGUGCUAUGGAAGCUAACUGUCUUAUAAAAUAUAUUUGUAGUGUAUACUGUAUAAUUUUAACUUAUUUAUGUUAUAUUCAGCCGUUUAGUAUAUUUUAAUAAA